AUGUUUAUCAAGCCUGUUAGAAGAGUCUUUACCCAAGACGACUUAGCCAAAUGGAUUGAUUCAGACACGUAUAAAGAGGUCCUUGAUUUCAUAACGCAACUUCAAGAUUCGGUCAUCGACAAAUCGAAUGAUGACGAGGUGGCAACGUCACCAGUAAUUGCAAAGAUAACCCAUCUUCUUGAUGAAGUAUAUCAGAUCAUACAGCAUUACCCGGUGAAGUUGGAAAAAGAUAUACUGCGGUUCGGCAAGGUGGAGUUUCGUGAUUUUUACGAUGAAGUGGAAUCAAGAGCUUCUGAUUUGAUCAAGCCGAUUUGUCCCACUGGUUUAAUUGAAACAUCGACAUAUUUCGCUGACUCUUGGGGCGAUAGAACUCGAAUUGACUACGGUUCCGGCCACGAGCUCAACUUUAUCUGUUUUUUGCUUUGCCUUUACAGGCUUGACGUUGUAAAUCAGGACGAUUUUCCUGCCAUCAUACUCAAAGUUUUCACGAAGUACAUGUCAACAAUGAGGAGCUUGCAACGUACGUAUUGGCUUGAACCAGCGGGCUCACACGGGGUCUGGGGGUUGGAUGACUACCAUUUCCUUCCGUUCUUAUUCGGGGCUGCUCAACUAUGCAAUCACCCCCACAUGAAGCCCAAGUCGAUCCAUAAUGAUGAGUUGGUGGAGAUGUACAGGAACAAGUACAUAUACAUGGAAUGCAUCGAUUUCAUCAACAACAUCAAAACGUCAACGAAUAAGCAACAAGAGAAGUUGAGCUUGAGGUGGCAUUCGCCGAUGUUGGAUGAUAUUUCGGCGGCCAAGAGUUGGAGCAAGAUUAAAGACGGUAUGAUUAAAAUGUACAAGGUUGAAGUGUUGGGGAAAUUGCCAAUUAUACAGCAUUUUAUGUUUGGCGAUAUUUUGAAAUGCCCCGAGGGCAUUCCCGAGCAUCAGCAUGUGGAGACUGAUUGCGGACAUGUACAUGACCUCGCCAAUACAUGGGGCGAUUGCUGCGGUAUAAAAAUCCCCAGUGCCAUUGCUGCUAGUGAGAGUUUAAAAAGAGGGGUUCCGUUCGAUUAG